AUGGGUGAGUUUUUUGGGGAGAGGGAGUUGUGAAAUUUGAGAAAAUUUGGAAAAAAAUGGACUGGAAAUUCAAAAAACUCUAAAAAUUUUAUAAAAAUGGCUGAUUUUCGCUGAAAAAUUCCACGUUUUCAAUUUUCAAAAUACAUUUCCAGUUAAUUUUCAAACAUCACUUGAAAACUAUUUUAAAAAAUUAGGUCUAACAAAAUCCACCUUGAAUUCGAAAUAUUUAAAAUUCGAAUUCUUCUCAAGCCUAAAAAUAUUGUGUUUUGCGUCAAAAUUCUCGAAACGUGGAAUAUCCGAAAGUUUUUCAAAAUGUUUUAUUUAAUUCUAAAUUGAAAUUUCAAAUUGCCACGUUAUAGUUCAAGUUCAAAAUAAAAAAAAACAGGUCUAACAAAAUCCACCCCAAAUUAAUUUUGCAGGUUCAACAACAUCAACACUUUUGAUCUCGAUCCUUCUCCCAUUUUCCUACGUGGCUCUAGUCAAUCUAUUCGAUUUCGAUGGAACAAAUCGAGAAGAUCGCAAAUCUAUCAAAAGAAGGUGAAUUUUGGGUUUCCCCCGAAAUUUUCACCCGAAAAACCCUCUUCUUCCAGAAUAUCCGGCGCAAUUCUAACCAAUAUUCUAACAGUUGGUCUAACUUAUUUUUUUCUUGCCGAUUUCACCACAGAACCAUGGAAAGAUAUGGGAUUUCGAUGCGAUCAAUUGUAUGAGGCUGUGAAGUUUCCGAUUUUAUUGAUGUUUUCGUUGUACUUCGGACAGUUUGUUAUGAUGCAUAUUGAUCGAACUCUUUGGCAUUAUGUUGGUGAGCAAUUUUGGAUGAAAAUUUUGAAAUAUCUUUAGAAAAUUGAUUUUUUUGGAAAUAUAGAAUAUAACUUUAGAACUCAGAAUUUCUACUUAUUUAUUUAGAAGAAGCAAGUCUUUUAUGACAAUUCCAAUAUUUUCCAAUAUUUUUUCAUUCGCAAAAUUCCAAUAUUUUCCAAAAAAAACAUCAAGUUAAAAUGAGAAAUCUGAAGUUUUUGUCACCCAAAAUACCACCCAACCUUAUCUGUUUUUUCUCAGACUACCAUGAAUGGCGAUCUUGUCUAACAAAUCUAUCCUGGUUUCGCGAUGUUAUAAUUGGACCAAUCACCGAAGAAAUCGUAUUUCGAAGUUGUUCAUCAGCUCUAAUGUUUUAUUGUUUGGGUUUCAAAUGGACUUGUUUAAUGGCUCCACUUCCAUUUGCUGCUUCACAUUUACAUCAUAUUUUUGAUGAUCAAAGAAGAGGACAUUCAUUGGCACAUUCGAUUAUGAGAAGAUGUGAGAUUUUUCCGAAACGUAGUAAUUUUUUUGAAUCUGAUAAUUUUUUCAGUUUUCCAAUUCGGAUAUACCUAUAUUUUCGGCGCCUUUGCAACAUAUCUCCAUCUUUCAACUCGAAAUAUUCUGGUUCCAAUCAUCGCCCACUCGAUUUGCAAUUCUCAGGGACUUCCACUAAUUCAUGAGAUUUCAAAUUAUCCCAAGUAUUUUGAUCGAUUAAAAUUGUGGAUUUCUUAUUUAUCAGGAGCCACAAUGUUUGGUUAUUUAUUGUACACGAAAACGGGAAUGCCUAGACCAUGA